UUGGAUCAAUUUGAUUUGAUCAAAGUUGAUUGAUAGAAAGUGGAAGAGAUUUCAAAAUUGUUUAGAAUCGAAGGUUAUGGUUAUGGAUGAUGAUGAGAGGGAUGUUGAGAGAGAGGGGAUGAUGAUGAUGAUUGGGAACGAUGGCAAAGAAAAGAGUAUAGAGAGAGGCAAAUCAGGAUUAGGAUUAAGAUUAGAAUCAGGAUCAGGUUCAGGUUCAUGUUCAGGUUCAGGUUCAGGUUCAGGAUCAGGAUCAGAGAGGCUGAGAGAGCCUCUGCUUGGCACCAAUAACAGGAUCAACAACACUUCCCAGCUUGCCAUUGUCGGAGCCAAUGUUUGUUUUAUUGAAAGUCUCGAUUACGAGAUCAUUGAGAAUGAUCUUUUCAAACAAGACUGGAGGUCUAGAUCAAAGGCUGAGAUAGGCCAGUAUGUUGUCCUAAAAUGGACCCUUGCACUUUUCAUUGGGUUAGGCACAGGUCUUGUUGCCUUCUUCAAUAACAUUGGAGUUGAGAAUAUUGCUGGUUUCAAGCUUCUACUCACCAACAAUCUCAUGCUCACGCGAAAGUAUCAUCAGGCCUUUGUAGUAUAUGUUGGAUGUAACAUGAUUUUAGCCGUUGCUGCUGCAGCCCUCUGUGCCUACAUUGCCCCUGCAGCAGCAGGGUCCGGCAUACCUGAGGUGAAGGCAUACCUCAAUGGUGUAGACGCUCCUUCUAUAUUAGCUCCAACUACCCUCUUUGUAAAGAUUUUUGGUUCAAUAUUUGGGGUUGCGGCUGGUUUUGUUGUGGGUAAGGAAGGACCUAUGGUACACACUGGUUCUUGCAUAGCUAAUUUACUUGGACAAGGUGGUUCUAGAAAAUAUCGGUUGACAUGGAGAUGGCUCAGACAUUUUAAAAAUGACCGAGACCGAAGGGAUUUGAUCACGUGUGGUGCAGCUGCUGGUGUUGCUGGUGCUUUCCGUGCCCCAGUUGGUGGUGUCCUUUUUGCACUUGAAGAAGCAGCUUCCUGGUGGAGGAGUGCUCUUCUGUGGCGAACAUUUUUUACGACAGCUGUGGUAGCUGUAGUGCUGAGAGGUUUCGUAGAAUUAUGCCGGGGUGGAAAAUGUGGUCUUUUUGGGGAAGGAGGUUUGAUAAUGUUUGAGGUUAAUUCAGCAAAGCCUGCUUACACCACACCUGACCUCCUCGCAGUUAUAUUUCUUGGAGUUAUUGGAGGUCUUUUAGGAAGCCUUUACAAUUAUCUUGUGGACAAGGUCCUUCGCACUUACGCCAUCAUAAAUGAGAAAGGCCCUAUAUUCAAAGUUCUACUUGUCAUGAUUAUCUCCUUUUUGACCUCUUGCUGUUCAUUUGGCCUUCCAUGGCUAUCAAAGUGCAUCCCUUGUCCUCCUCAUUUGAGGGAUCAGUGCCCAACCGUAGGGCGCUCCGGACACUACAAGAAUUUUCAGUGCCCACCUAACCACUACAACGACCUUGCCUCUCUCUUUUUUACUACUAAUGAUGAUGCUAUUCGUAACUUAUUUAUUGCUGGCUCUGACAAAAGAUUUCUGCUCUCUAGUCUUCUGAUUUUCUUUGUGGCCAUAUACUUUCUUGGAAUCAUCACUUAUGGCAUUGCCAUUCCCUCUGGGCUCUUUAUUCCUGUUAUACUUGCUGGAGCUUCGUAUGGGCGUCUUGUAGGAAGUCUCUUGAGUCCAUUCACUGUUCUUGAUGUGGGUUUGUUUGCCCUCCUUGGGGCUGCAUCCUUCCUUGGAGGCACCAUGAGAAUGACCGUUUCUCUUUGUGUCAUACUUCUUGAACUCACAAAUAACCUGCUGAUGCUUCCAUUGGUGAUGUUGGUUCUCCUUAUUUCCAAGUCUGUGGCUGAUUGUUUUAACAAAGGAGUUUAUGAUCAGAUUGUGCAAAUGAAGGGGCUACCUUAUAUGGAAGCACAUGCAGAACCAUACAUGAGGCAAUUAAUUGCAAGUGAUGUUGUUUCUGGUCCAUUGGUUACAUUUGCUGGGGUUGAAAAAGUGGGGAACAUUGUGCAUGCUUUAAAGGUCACUGGACAUAAUGGGUUUCCUGUAAUUGAUGAGCCUCCUUUCUCAGAUGCUCCUGAAUUGUGUGGGUUGGUUUUGAGGUCUCAUCUGCUUGUACUCCUUAAACACAGGACAUUUACAAAGGAGAGAGGGAUGACUGGAUCCUCCAUUAUGAGAAACUUCAAGGCACAUGAUUUUGCAAAGCCAGGUUCAGGCAAGGGGAUCAAGCUGGAGGAUAUAGACAUUUCUGAGAACGAGAUGGAAAUGUAUGUUGAUCUCCAUCCGAUUACUAAUACGUCACCAUAUACAGUUGUGGAAACAAUGUCUCUAGCUAAAGCUGCUCUUCUUUUCCGGGAGCUUGGCCUCAGGCACUUGUUGGUGGUGCCAAAGACACCGGGAAGACCUCCAAUUGUCGGGCUCCUGACAAGACAUGAUUUCAUGCCUGAGCAUGUCUUGGGACUUUACCCUCACUUCCACUCCCAUAAGUAGAGAAAUCAUUAUCAAGCUUAUUUUUUGGUGACAUCAAACCUUAUCAACUAUAAGGCACCAUGGAGUUCCUUUUAUUAGUAGAAGAUUAAUCAAGAUCUUUACCACAAUCACCUUGUUGUUAUAGAGCACGAUACCUAGAUGAGCUUACGAGUGUUUUCAUUCUUUUUCUCUCUUGGAACUUGUAUUUCGUCUGAUAUCGUUUGUCGUUAUCUCUUGUAAGUUAGAAGAUUGCAGAAUUCGAAUCUUUCAGUAGGGAAAAAAAUUACGUUUUGCGAAGAGGAAUGUUAUAGUUAUAAACUUUUUCUUUAUAAAUUAUACUAUGUCUGACCAGUCAUAUAGUAAUCAAGAGUGUCAUUCUU